AUGUUGUUUUUGGCAUUCUUAUUAGCCUUUUCCGAUGCCUAUUUGCGUAUUGGCUUCAGACCAAGGUCUCACAGCCACAUCAUUCAGUAUACCGAAAGGGACAACCUAGAAACCGAAAUUUCCAACAAGAACCUAUUCAAUUUGGCUGGGUUUGAAGUCGGUUCAAGAGAUGAAGAUGUUGAUGUAUUAGUGACCACUCCUCUGAAUGUAUUAUGGUUUCCCACACGAGGUUGUAGCCAAGAGGAGUUGCAUCGCAAAGACACUAUUGAAUCUCUCUAUACAUGUGAUUCCAAAGGGGUUUUCUCUCUAUCCCAACUGACUAGUUUCCAGAACAACAGUCUUGAAUUUACUGUCGACUUCUUUGAUGGCACACACGCAAAUGGGUAUUUUGGAAAUGAUUCAGUGGAGCUUGACGAUGUUGCUUCCAGAAUGAGAUUUUGCAUAGCAACCUCAGCCAACAGGAUUGGACAACUUAGGAUUCUCGGAUAG